CCAUUACACGGAACGCACGCGGCCGAUUUCAACUUAUGUCUAACUUGAUCGUAACUUAAUUCGAAUAUCAUUCAAAAACACCGUAUUUAAUAACUUUACAGUGAAAUUUGUCGGCAUUUAACCACGUCUUUAUGUUGUGCUAAGUGAUUAAGUUGUCUCUGUGAUAGUUGUACCUUUUUGCUUAUUUUGUUGGAUGCAUAAAAUUCUUAUAAGCUGCACAGGUAUUUGCAAGGAUUUUAAGCAUUUAAAAGUAAAUUUGUAAUUAAAAGCUAAGUUUUUAAUGUGAUUAAACUAUCAUUUGAAAUAGUUUCAAAUCAGUCAACUAAACAUGUGACGUCCGCCAUCUUGUCGUGACGCAAAACAAAAUGGCGUCGCGAACUGUGUUCAGGUUUCUCAUCCUGCUAACUGCUUUGGUUUGGAUUCUGACAGCCCAAGAUACGAAAAAAAGGGAACUCUGGACCAAUGGAAGUUGGUUCAACAUGGGUCUCCUAGAAUUCGAGAAAUGGUCCAACCAAUCGGACCUCUUCUCCGAAACCUCCCGACUCUGCGCUCGGAUCCGUGGCCUGACUCCAGGACAACGCAGGGUCUGUCGACGUCAUAAGGACCAUAUGCCUUCAGUCAGCAUGGGGGUUAAGAAAGGGAUAGAAGAAUGCCAGCAUCAGUUUAGAGGAAGACGGUGGAAUUGUACCGUGAAGGGGGAUGAGACUGUUUUUGGACCUCUCACUUUAAUUGCGUCAAGAGAGACAGCAUUUACCCACGCGAUGACGUCAGCUGCAGUAUCCCUCUCCGUAUCCAGAGCAUGCCGAGAUGGCAGGCUGUCAAGCUGUGGCUGCAGCCGAGCCAGGAGACCUAGGACGCUACGGGAAGAGUGGCUCUGGGCUGGUUGUGGAGACAACCUGGAGUAUGGCUACAAGUUCACAGAAGGGUUCGUGGACAUCAGAGAGCGAGAGCGGAAGGUGAAGCGAGGCAGCCGGGAGCAGGGCCGGCAACUGAUGAACAGGCAUAACAACGAGGCUGGCAGGCGGGCGGUGAUAAAGAAGUCAAGAGUGACAUGCAAAUGCCAUGGUGUUUCCGGCUCCUGCAGUCUGAUCACGUGUUGGCAACAGCUGGCAACACUGCGGGAGAUAGGCGAUUACCUCCGAAAUAAGUACGAUGGAGCUACUGAAGUGAAGGUGUCUCGUAGAGGCAAGCUUCGUCUUGGCAACCCAAUGUAUAGCCUGCCAACCGCCCAAGACCUCGUGUAUCUUGAGGAGUCACCUAAUUAUUGCGUUAGGAACGACACUAUGGGUUCUCUUGGCACGUCAGGCCGUGAGUGUAACAGGACAUCAGCAGGCAUAGACGGUUGCUCUCUGCUCUGCUGCGGCCGAGGGUAUAACACCAAGAGGAUCAUCACGCGAGAGCGAUGUGGCUGCAAGUUUCAUUGGUGUUGCCGCGUCGAAUGCAAUACUUGUGUAAAGACGAUAGAAGUUUAUACGUGCAAGUGAUGGGAGAAAAAAAAAUACUUUUAUUAUAUCUUAGUAAUGACUCGCUCUUAUAAUGUAAGUUGGUACUGGGAUUUCUAAGCCCUUAAAAAUUAGAUUAAAAACAGUGAUCUCACUUUUUAACGGAACAAAAUACCAGGGCGUUAGAAGUAGGAGAAUAUAAAAUAAAAUUUGAUUUGUCCUUUCUAAAUUUGUAUUUGAUCUAAAUGUAUUAGAGACACCGAUAUCAACAUCGAGUAUUUUGUAGUAUACUUAAAUAUGACUUUUAAUAUUUGACUGUGCAUGCGCAUAAUAUAUAGUCCGAACUUGAAGUGAGGUCUAGGUUGAUUGCUUAGCUGGAGUUAUUAAUUAAUAGCCCCUUUUAUCAACCAUUUUGUAAAUAGAUACUUUAAAAAUCCAUGAGGCUAUAAACGAAAUAACCUUUUAAUUAUCAAGUAGUUACGUAAAACUUUUACCAACUAUUUAUAACAACUUACCCACAUAUUUGUUAGUUCUAUAUUUGUUUCAAAAUAAAGUACUAAAGCAUUAUAUCCUAUUUAUACUAUUUAUCGCAUCGCGCAUUUUUCCUAUCUUCUUAGUAAAAUAAUGGAAGGUGCCAUUACUCUUGUGUACCUAGAUUUAUCAUCUCAUAAUCAUAAAAAAGUUAAAACAUACUACCUCACCUAACUAUAUUUUAAUCUGGCAUUAACGAACAAGACAACAUACCAACACUAAUACUCAGAGUUUUCCAAACUACGGAUCGCCACACACUGGUGGGUUGUAAGCGAAUAAUGAGAGGGAUACAAAAAAUUUGGUUUGAUAGGUACCUACCUACUUUAUUCACAUUGGUAUGUAACGGGUAUAUUUCCGUUUAUUUUCAUUAUAAAUAGUCUCUCUCGGUAUCUGAGAAUUGCGAAUUUUAUGCCUCCUUUUCCCUAAGACUAGUACCAAGUUUGGAAUCUUUUAUUCGAUGAGUCAUAGUUUAGACUUUGAGAUCCACUGUUUUAGCUUAAGUUACCCUAUGCUUUAGCUUUUUUAUGAAAUAAAAGGAUUAUUCAAAUACCCUGUUGUUGUAAAGUAGUUGCCAACAUAAAUUCGAGAAAAGUUUAAAAAUAAAGACAUAGAAUACAAU